CCUCCCCUAGCAACCGCUCGAGCUCUCAGUUGCUCUGUCCGAGUCGCGGGCAGCGCACGUGAAUCCCGCGGGGAAAACACGCGCCAAAUGAACCUCAGUGAUCCGGGAUAACGCGUCCAGCCGCCGCCAUGAACGAUAAAUAUCACCAGGCGGCUCGCGACGGAUACCUGGAGCUGCUGAAAGAGGCGACGCGUAAAGAUCUCAACGCUCCGGAUGAUGACGGAAUGACGCCGACGCUCUGGGCCGCUCACCACGGUAACCUGGACGCGCUGAGACUGGUGGUGGGGAGAGGAGGAGAUCCAGACAAAUGUGAUAUUUGGGGAAAUACUCCUCUUCAUCUGGCUGCAGCUAAUGGCCAUUUAAACUGCCUGUCAUUUCUGGUGUCGUUCGGCGCAAACGUCUGGUGCUUGGACAACGACUACCACACGCCGCUCGACAUGGCGGCUACCAGAGGACACAUGGAAUGCGUGAGAUACCUGGACUCCAUCGCCGCCAAGCAGAUCACCAUCAACCCCAAGCUGGUGAGCAAACUGAAGGACCGUGGCUUUCGUAACGCAGAGAAACGCAUCAGGAACUGUGAGAAGCUUCAGCGCAGACAUCACGAGCGCAUGGAGAAACGCUUCUUGAGAGAGACGGCUGCGACCGACGCGUUAGACACCAUGAGCUACAGCAGUUUUGGCAGCACGUUGAGCCGCAAGAUCCCCCAGUUCAACAACCUUGACCCCAAUAUGACGUACUCACAGGCAACGCUUCAGUCCACAGCUAGAGGCAAAACAAAGAUUCAGCGGCGUCUCGAUAAGAAGAAACACGGAGACGGAACGUUUAAGAUUUCUGAGGAUGGCCGAAGAAGCAUUCGCUCGCUCUCUGGUCUUCAGCUGGGCAAUGAUGUGAUGUUUCUAAAGCAGGGUACAUACGCUGGGCCAAGACAACAGUCAAACCCACGACUCAACAUCCGUAACGUGUUUUCAGGUAAACAGGACAUGAGGGUGGAUGAAGAGGAUGAAGACAAUGUUUCUCGGGCGAUCAGUGACCCCGGCCUGUAUGACGCCGCAUACUCUGAAAUUAGCACAGACUCGGGUCGGGACUCUCUGUUUAACCGGCCAGGACUCGGCACCAUGGUAUUCCGCCGGAAUUAUGUGACUGAUGGGCUGUUUCGCAUGGGUCGGGAUGAGGGCAGCGUGGCUGGGAGUGAGCCAGUGGGACGGGCACCAAACGUCAGAUUACGUGGAAGAUUACCAAUGCGAUCACCCAGUCUAGAUGAAGUCAGCGUUGACAGCUCAUUGGGUCUCCAAGAGAGGAACUUACAGGAUUUGCCAUGGGAAGAAGGAGACCUGGGUCUGGAAGAGGAGGAUGAUGAGCAGCAACCUUCAUCAGCUCCUUUGGAAGUCUUCCUAGCGUCUCAGGGUUUGACCGACUUCAUCUCCAUCUUUAAUCGGGAGCAAAUGGACUUGGACGCGUUGCUCCUUUGUUCAGAGCAGGAUCUCAUCAGCAUCCACAUUCCUCUGGGACCUCGCAAAAAACUACUGGACGCCUGCAGCAGACGCAACCGUGUGCUGGACGGAGAUGAAGACAUGCAGGACACUGUGCUGUGAACCACUGAAUGAAUGUCUCUGUGUAUGUUAUACAGAAUCUACUGCCUGCUGUCUACAAUGAAACAUAUUUGCAAUUGAUUCAUUCGCCAUAUUUUAUGAUUUUCUAACAGUGGGAUUACCUUCACCUUAAAAGAUGCAACCUUUUUUUUGGCAAACGUUUUCGAACUGUCUGUGUAGGCAGCUUAAUAAGUUUGGGAACAGAGUCAUUGUACAUGUCUGUUUCUCUGUACACCCAAUCAUUCAUUGAACUGUAAGGUCAAUAUACUUGAUAAUUACGCCCCCGUGUGGCGAGGAGGAAAACUACAGCUUCAGCCGUGCUGUAUAACACUAUCAGAGAAUGCUUGGAGAAUGAAGUCAACUAUGCACAUGAUUGUUGAUUUAAUGGUUUUAGUGUACAGUUCACACAAAAAGUCCAUCAUUUCUCAAUAGAUUGGAAAUACUAAAAUAUAUAUAUAUUUUUAAAUGUAUUCUGUCUUAUUUGGGAUUGUACAUUUUUGGUGUAUUUAUGGAGUUUUGAAAUCCAGCCAAAAGUCAUUGCAGGUAUUAUUGUGGCAAAGUUAUGCAGGAAAUUCAUUAAUUCAACUUGUGCACAACAAAAGAGUCCAGAAUUCAGAUGAUGUUUAUGUUGAUAUGAUCAUGCAUUAUAUAAAGUCAUACAGUUAUAGUCGUGUCACCUGAUCAGAUGUUUGUAUAGUUGAAUUAUUAAUGUACAGUUCAGUGUGUGAUAUAUUAAUGACCGGAUCCAUUAGUUAUGGAUUAUUUGUUCCUCUGCUGAUUUAUGGGACCGUGCUGCAGGUUUUAGUGGCAGACACAUUUGAAAGGUGAUAUAACUCUUGUUACUUUAUCUGUCUGUCCAGGACACUCACAUUUAAGCGCAUACACUCAUUCAUUCAUGACUAACUUCUCUCUAUACUAUAGGUUUAAGUAUUUAUCAGUCUUAGCUUUCUCUUAAAGGUGCAGUGUGUAAAUUUUAGCGACAUCUAGUGGUGAGGUUGCAAAUUGCAACCAACGGCUCAGUCCACUGCUCACUGCUCACCAAGCUACGGUAGCCGCCACCAGAAAAACAUGUCAUUGUCGGAGAAAGCUUAGUAAAAAAGUUUGUCCAUUAAGGGCUUCUGUAGAAACAUGGUGGCACAAAAUGGCGACUUCCAGUGUAUGUAGAUAAAAACGUCUCAUUCUAAGGUAAUAAAAACAUAAUAGUUCAUUAUAAAAGGGUCUUUAUAAAUAAUAUAGUUUUGUAUAUUAUUUUGCAUUUCUGUCAAGAGAUCUUUCUAAAAAUUACACACUCCACCUUUAAAUUUCUUGUCUUUGGGAACAAAAUCAAUCUAAACGAGUUUUAUUUCAUUUUCUCUUCACUUUUCUUAUUUCUUCUUUUCUUUUAAUGUUUUAAAAGUUAUUAUACUUGUUAAGAUUGUCCCUAAUUUUUAUUCUUGUGGGUCCAGGUCACAUUUUACCUUAACUAUCAUGAUGUACAAGUACUGCCAUUUAAAUAACAUGAUGUCAUGUUUUGCAUACAGUAAUGAGAAUUAAGGUUUUUAUGCUUCAUUUUCUUAUUUUAACAUUGAAAUGUGACUUCGGCACUUAUACAUGUUUAGGGUCGCCAAAUGCCAAUGUAUUCAGUGACAAAUUGUGAAUAGCUGUGAUAAAAUGUUAAUAAAGUACAGUUGAGUACAAUA